UCGGACCAAGACUACCCCUUCCGGUUCCGGGCCGGGGGCUGAGGAGGAGAAAAAUAGGAGCGACUACAGGGUCAGAAAGGCUGCGUCGGCUCCAGCCAUGGGGGCGCAUCUGGCUCGCCGGUAUCUUUGGGAUGCGGAAGUGGAACCCGACCCGCUGAACAUGCCGACCUUCGAUCCCUCGUAUGGCUUUCCCGAGCGCAAGGAACGGGUGAUGAUAGCAACCCAGCAGCAGAUGAAUGAUGCCCAGGUUCCAGUGGAGCUGCGGGAUUAUUGUGCCCAUUAUUUCAUGAAGUUGAUGAAGUGCAGACGUGACAACUUUCCCAAUAUCUUUGCAUGCAAACAUGAGCGUCAUGACUGGGAUUACUGUGAGCAUCUGGAUUAUGUCAUGCGCAUGAAGGAGUUUGAACGGGAGCGGCGCUUGUUGGCUAGGAAGAAGCGUAUUGAACAAAAAGAAAGAGCAGCAGCAGCAGCAGCAGCAUCCUAACUGAUUUCAGUGUGCCCGUCCUGGCUCCUUGCCCAAGAAGCUUGUGAAAUUAUCUGUAUCUUUAUGUUGAAAAUAAAGAUCUUAUACUGUA